AUGGGCAAGGCCGUCUCUGCACUCCUCGGUAAGGUCAAGGGAAGUCCACACUCCCUGUCGCAGGAAGAGCAUGUGGAGGGACACUCACCUACCCCCUUUGCUGCAGAGAAUAGAACCAUCAAGCUGGUAGAUGUGGAACAAGACCUCGCUGAUCGAAUGUACCUGGGCUAUCUCCAACACAUUUCCACUCGCUGGCCUCUUCUGCACACGCCUCACAUCGCUGAACUGCACUGCCACAAGGACGAGCUGGUCGACUUUAGAGACAAAAUGAUCCUGCACCUGAUCUACGCCAAUGGGGCACGAUACCUUGAGACGACGGGGGAGAAGUUGGCCUUUGUCCCCGAGCGACAUUAUAUGCUGCUACACAAGCUUUAG